AUGACUACCACAACCACCCAAGCCACCGAGACCAACGGAUCGGGUCAAGAGGCUUCCCACUCGGCUGCUGAUGAGAUCGCCCUCUAUGACCGGCAAAUCCGUCUCUGGGGCAUGAAAGCCCAAGAGAAGAUCCGCUCCGCCAACAUCCUUCUCAUCACCAUGAAAGCCCUCGCCAACGAGAUCGCCAAGAACCUCGUCCUAGCAGGCAUCGGCUCCCUAACCAUCAACGACCACGCCGUCGUCUCCGAAGCCGACCUAGGCGCGCAAUUCUUCCUGUCCGCCGAAGACGGCCACCUCGGCCAAAACCGCGCCGUAGCCGCCAGCGCCGCGCUCCAGCGUCUCAACCCGCGCGUCAAGGUCGUGGUCGACACGGACGACAUCCGGACCAAGCACUCGUCCUUCUACUCGUCCUUCGACAUCGUCAUCGCCACCGACCUCGACGCCGACACCCUCAACGUCAUCAACACGGCGACCCGCAUCCACAACCGCAAAUUCUACGCCGCCGGCUGCCACGGCCUCUACGGUUUCCUCUUCGCCGACCUAAUCGAGCACGACUUUGUCAUCGAGCGCCAGCGCUCCAACCUCCCCUCCACUCCCGGCCCCGAAACCAAAACCCGCUCCAUCAUCUCGGUGGCCCCCAAAGAACCCGACAACAAGGAGAAAUCCCAAAUCGAACUGGUAACCAAACGCGAACUCUACUCCACCUGGCUCCUCGCCUCCUCCGACGCCUCCCACUUGCCGCAAGAUAUCCUCUCCUCCCCGCGCCGCAAACGCGCCGUCACCCCUUUGCUCAGCUGCCUGCGCGCCCUCUGGCAAUUCACCUCCACCUUCGGCGUCCCUCCCACGGGGCCCGAGCUGCUAACCAACCACACCGCUCUAGCGGCGUUUACGCAGAUGUGCAGCGAUAAGCACAAAGCCCUUGGCCUCCCCGCUGAGACGUUGCGCGCCGAGCUUUUGAGGUCAUUCCUGCAGAAUGUCGGGGCGGAACUGGCCCCCGUGGCGGCGGUGUUGGGCGGACAACUGGCGCAGGAUGUGAUCAAUGUGUUGGGACAGACGCAGCAGCCUGUUCAGAACUUUGUGGUGUUUAGUGGGGAGAGUAUGGAGGCGAAUGUUUAUGCGUUGCAUCCCCGGGAGGGCGAGUUGGGGAGGGGAUUGUUACCGGUUACGAUGGGGGUUAUCGAUGCUGCGGCGGAGGUGUUGGGGCAGGAGGAGAAUAGGGGGGAGGUGGAUUUGACGGCGCUGGGUCGUGGACAGCAUCUGGGUCAACGUCAACGUCAGCCCGAGGAGUCGUCGUCGUCGAGGAUGGGCUCUGGCUCUCAGAUGGAGGGCGUUGAGCAGCUGCAGGCAGGACAACAAACUAACGGGGUAUCGACUGACUCUACUGGCGCUGCUGGUGCUGGUGCCGGUGCUGGUGCUGGUAACGUCUGA